AUGCGUCCUACCAGGCAGCAGGUCACUGUCGAGAAUGCCGUCAACCUGGGCAACAUCCCAGGCGCGCGCACGAACAGCCCCGCGAUGAAGGGCUUCGUGCGGAAGAACGAGCUGCCUCGCCAGAUCCGCCACAAGCUCAGCGUCGUCAAGCCGGGGAAGACGAAUGCCUCGAAGCCCGUCACCCGUUCCCAGGCGGCCCGCACCGGCGCCGCCGUCGACACCAACAAGGCCCCGUGGGAGCAGGACUUCGCGCCGAAGGUGCUCCCGGAGGUGCAGGCGCUGAACGCGAUGCUUGACGACGCCUCGGGGCAGCGCGAGAUGAAACAGGGCGUCCGGGCGAUGCACGACAAGUACGCGAUGCAAGUGGACAAGCAGUUCAAGAGCAACCCGCGCAGCGAGGGCGGGCGGAACCUCCGCCAGCCGAAGAGCCGCGGCACGACCUUCUCGAGUCGCAUCAACCCCACCAAGGCAGGGCGGAACUAG